AUGUCGAAGUCUGACCUUGAAGACAGCUCUGGCUCCGAUAGCAACGGUGCGACCGAAGCGCCAUUGUCCAAGCCGAAGGUAUGGCAACGAUUGGGAACGCAUAUGAAGAAGUGGUGGUGGAUAUACCUGAUCGCAUUUUGUUGUAUCUUCUUGGUCGUGUUCCUUCCAAUAAUCUAUGUCGGAAUACCCCACUUCGCGAACAAAUAUAUUGAUGGCUACCAAUAUGACUACCAAGGCCUCGCAAUUACAAACCCUCGACCCAUGGCCUUCCAUAUAAGCCAGUCUAAAAAGAUUAGUAUGGGCGGGGGGUUCAGUGGCAGUGGCCAUCUAUCCGCUUUCAAUGCAACUAUUCGAGUUCCAGGCACAAACGAGGAGAUCGCAGUCUUUCCAGUGCCGGAAAUAAAAUUCGACAAUGGUGCAGAUCUUAAUAUCGAUCAAGAUUUCGAUAUGUCUUGCGUGGAUUGCCUGUCGAAGGUGGCCGUCGCCGCAGCUUCGAAUGAGAGCUUCGCGAUUUUGGUUACCGGAAAGCCUGACUUGACUUAUGGCGGCCUUCCCACUGCUCAUUUGAAUAUUCAUAAGACCAUGAACAUGAAUGGUUACAACGUCACCGAAUUCGUAAAUUCUGAAGGCGCUUUCAACAUCACAAGUUUAGAACUCUUAGAUCCGGAAGUGGACGGAUACAACUUCAAUGCCACCCUUUCUUUACGCAAUCCAACCCCUUUCACCGUUGAGAUGGGCCAUGUCACCUUCAAUCUUAGCAUGGGAGGCACUUCACUAGGAUACGUGGACCUGCCUCACCUAAUGCUUGAACAACAUAACACGAGUACUUUGGCCUUGGGAAACGUCAACAAGUCAAUGCUCAUCCAGGAAGUUAUAUGGAGUGACGGCGAUAGUGGAGAAGUUACCAUCGAUGUUCGUGGCCACAGCUGCGACUACAAUGGACAGGAAAUCCCAUACUUUGCCGCUGCCAUCAAGGCUGUGUCUGCGUCCGCGAAAAUUGACUUGCUGAGCUACGUGUCAGAUAUAUUAUGA